UUUAGAUUAAGGUGGAUCUGAAUUAGCAGUUUAUGAAUUUUUUUUUAAAGAUUUAUUUAUUUGAGAGAGAGAAAGAGAGAGAAGUGGAAAAAAGGAGAAGUGAUGAAGCCAAGGGAUGUGUAGGCAUUGUUAACAAGUGUUGAUGACUGGCUGGAUUGAUGCAGUGAGUGGGCAUGGAAUGGAGAAAAUGCCAAUGUCCCAGAAAAAAACAACAACAUUGUAGAUUAGCUUGGUGAUUUGGGAUGAAAAAUUUAAUCUUAGUUUAGGGUAAGAAAUCUGAGUAUUUUAUAAAUCUUUCUGUGCUAACAUUUUUUUCUGGAUAUGUUUAGUAAGUGAGUUCACGAUAUUUACUGCAUUUAUUUUUUAAAUAUUUGUUUUAGCUAUGAAUUUGUGAAAUAUCUUCGACAGCAUAUAUGUAAUACUUUGGGAUCUAUGAUUGAAGAAGAAAUGGAAAAAUGGACAUCUGAUCAGAAUCAGGAUGAGGAAUCUGGCUAUGACACAGUUGUACAGCAUGUUACUAAAAGAACUCAGGAAUCUAAAGAAUACAAAGAAAUGAUGCAUUCCCUGAAGAAUAUCAUGAUGGUAGUGGUGGAAUCUAUGAUUAACAAAUUUGAGGAAGAUGAGAUGCAAAGUCAAGAGAGGCAGAAAAAAAUCCAGAAGGAGAAAAGCAGCAGUUACUGCACGGAUAAUUGCUCUGAUAGUGAUUCAUCAUUCAAUCAGAGUUACAAAUUUUGUCAAGGAAAAUUACAAUUGAUUUUAGACCAGUUGGAUCCUGGGCAACCUAAAGAGGUGAGAUACGAAGCCUUGCAAACGUUAUGUUCAGCUCCGCCAUCUGAUGUUUUGAACUGUGAAAAUUGGACGACUCUCUGUGAAAAACUGACAGCAUCUCUUUCAGAUCCUGAUCCUGUGUUUAGUGACCGGAUUUUAAAAUUCUAUGCACAGACAUUUACUCUUUCACCAUUACAUAUGACCAAGGAGAUUUAUACAAGCUUAGCUAAAUAUUUGAAGUUAUACUUUCUUUCUAGAGAAAAUCAGAUUCCUACUCUUUCAACUGGUAUAGAUAUAAGUAAUCCUAAUGUGAUCUGCUUACUUAAAAAGGUUCGUCUUCUAAAUGAAUAUCAGAAAGAGGCUCCAUCUUUCUGGAUUCGUCACCCAGAAAAGUAUAUGGAAGAAAUUGUGGAGAAUACUUUGUCCUUAUUAUCAGUUAAACAUGAUCAGAGCCGUCUUGUCUCACAAAAGAUUUUGGAUCCAAUUUACUUUUUUGCAUUGGUUGAUACCAAGGCCGUGUGGUUCAAAAAGUGGAUGUUUGGAGAAUGUUUAAUGCCUGAAUGCCGGUGAUUUCCAGUGGAGCUCAUUACUGUUCUGGAACUGAAACUAAUUUAAGAGUAAAAGAGAUCCUUAUGCUGUUACCUUCCUCAUCUGCUGUGGAAUACAAGUGGUCUGUGUGAUAGUGGCUGCAGCAGUGUUGGCUUAUUAUUCUCACAUGGUUGUCCCUCUAAAACUGGUCUGCCAGGCAUUAUGUAUUUGUUGCUGUGGGGAAGGGAAGAGAGUGGGGCUGUGACUUGCCAUGCAAAGUAGCAACGUGUUUAUUUACUGCUUGGCACAGUUUGGACCUUACCUAGUUGAUGGCUUAUUUUUAUUUUUUUUUUUGUUUUGCCUUUUAUUAUCUAAACUGUAUAGUAAUGCCUAAUUAACCAAAAUUCAGUUCUGUCCAGGGUUUAGCCCUAACCUGGCCUAUACUGUUUAUGUUUGAUAAGUGUUUGCUCAAUUUAAUUAACUUGAACCCUUUGUUUCUUACAUCGGACACUUUCUUCUUAAUUUUUAAUUAUCAAAUUAUACCUUCAUUAUAGAAAACAUGUGAAAUAUGUAAAAGCCACAAAUUAAAUUUGUACAACACAGGUAUAACUAUCAAGAUUUUAGUUUAUGUAGUCACAUUAUAUACACUUGUAAAUUUAUCCGUUUAGAUCUAUAACAAAUCCUAUUCUUUUGGGACACCUGGGUGGCUCAGUGAGUUAACUGUCUGCUUUCAGUCAUGAUC